AUGGAUGGUGAACGGACGCCAGCAAGACUGCUCGUGGACAGGGGUUCGACGGCUGCUACUCUCGACGGUGCUGGCUUCAACGCGACCGGACGUUGGUCGAAAGAGACGACGGCUGGGGGAAGGUUGCCGAAGGACGGUCGGUCGGGGAAGAGGAGGAUGGCGACUUGGCCAGAUGAAGGAAGAAUGAAGGCGGCGGCUGUCUCUUUCGGUAAAAAUAGGGUUGCCAAAAUGGUUGCUUGGUGCCGUGUCGAGCAAGUGGUCGGAUAUGUGCGAAGUCCGACGGCGUCCCGGAGUAGUGUGGAAGGAGGAGUACUGGGUCUGGAAAUGGUGGUGGCUCAAACCGCAUAUGUUCUCUUCGGAUUGGGGCAGUUCUUUUCGCCGGGUCCUGAGGUUAGCUCUCUGCUCUAUCUCUUGCUCCGUACUCGAUCUCCUGCUCCUGCCAGGGUCGGAUUGAGGGGGCAUGUUAAAGCCCUUGCAUAUUCCAACCAAGAAGAAGACAAAACUUUGAGUGACUCAGCUGGAAAAGAAAAGGAAAAUGGCAAAGGAGCUGCCAUGACAGCAUGCACCGUCUGCAUGGCAAUGGCCCACGAGCCUGAGGGCAAAAUAGCCAAAGAUCAAACCCUAGCUAAUGAUAGGACCUAUCUCAAUAGUCUUACACCUGUCCAUGAAGGCUUAGCUAGAGGAUAA